ACGUGACCCUAUUAGCUUGCCCGCAGCGUCACGAGGUCAGGAGAGAGUUCACUUUCGGUUCCCCGGUAAGAAUGGUCGAAGAACAAUUCUACUGUGACCAAACCACACAUACCUUGGCUUUUCCCCCUCUCAAAUCAGCUCAGCUCCAUUCCUUUCCCCCUUUUCUUCCCAUCUAUAAGCUUCCUCCCCUUUUCCCUUCCCAUCAUGGCUACCUCCAUGGAUCAGUCCACUGUUCUAGAAGAUGAGCUCACCUGUCCCGUGUGCUUGGACCUGUUCCGGGACCCCCACCUGCUGCCUUGCGGCCACAACUUCUGCCUCCUCUGCGUCCGCCGCCUCAAACGCCAGGCAGAGCGAGGUCGCUUCCGUUGCCCAGAGUGUCGCGAGAGCCACCGCUGCUCCGCGGCCUCGCAGAAGAACUUCAAGCUGGCCAACAUCGCCGACGACUACCGCCUCCGGGGACAGGCAGCGUUGUCAAGACCACAACAACCAGAUGGUGGCCCCCCGGCAACAGCCAAGACCCUUGUGUCCGUGCCCUGUGACUAUUGCCGUCCAGGAGACAUUAGCGAGGCGGGAAAAGGGGAACCUGGAGCUCCCGGGGCUGGAGGAGAGGUGGUGUUAGCGGUGAAGACGUGUCUGAAAUGCGAGGUGUCCAUGUGUCAGGAGCAUGUGAAGCCCCACUUGGAGCUCCCUGCAUUUAGGGAGCACCCCCUGACUGAGCCCCUGGGAGACCUGAGGAAGAGGAAGUGUCCCGAACAUGAUGAGAUGUACCGCUACUACUGCAUGGACGACAGGGUGUGUGUCUGUAAUGCCUGUACCAUAGAAGGGGGCCACGCCGGACACACCAUCAAGACCCUGAAGAACACCAUGAAGGGUCUGAAGGGCAUUCUGGAGACCCAGCUACAGAAGGUGGACAAGAAGUUGAGCAAAGCAGAAAAAACUCUCCAGGAGCAGAAAGUGGAGGAACAAAUUAACAAGAAGUUCCUGGAGGACUCGGACCAGCGGAUCAUGGCGGUGGGGGCGGUGUUACAGGUCCACCUGGAGGGCUUCCUCACAGCCUUAAGGGACUGUACCCGCUCCCAAGAGAGCGAGUGUGGCCCCAACAUCCAGCGGAACAUAGCCAAGGUGGCCCAGGACCACGCUCGUCUGCAGGAUGUCCACAGCAGAAUCCAGAACCUCGCCCAGGAGAACGACCCCUUCCGCUUCCUAGAGGCAUACAAAUCAUCAAGCAAAAAUUUCUGCAGGCAGUUGAAGAAGCCCCUCUUCUACCCAGAGUAUGUUGGUGUGGACACUGAAGGCCUGGCCGAGGCCCUGGAGGUUAAGCAGGAUGACUUCCUCACUAAUGUACGCUCCUGCAUCUCUCAUUUCAUCGACGAUAUAUGUCCUUCAGUCAGGGAAGACCCGGACACCGGAGGAGAGGAGGAGGAAGAGGAGGAUGAAGAUGACGACGAGGAGGAUGGCAGUGAUGGAGAUGAACAAGAGGAGGAGAUGAGCGAGGAAGAGGAGGGUAUACACGACCACGAGUCAGCAGACGAACUCUACGGCACAAAACAGACGAAAACUGGGAAGGAUGGACCAGAACUUGUCCAAUAAGAAGCCCUCGUUCUCCUUUCCCGUUGCAAAAAGUUUUGAAAUGACCACCAAUGGAGACAAUCCCGCAGGUGAAAAAGCCGGAUGUGGAGGUCCUGGGCUGGCGAGGUUACACAUGGUCUGUGGUUAAUUUGGACAUUGGAAUUCCAAAUUCUCUAAAAUGAUGUUGGAGAAGGCUUAUGGUAGAGAACUUAACGUUCAAUUAAUUAUCUGCCAACAGCUCUGGUGGACAUUCCUGCAGUCAGCAUGCCAAUUGCACGCUCCCUCAAAACUUGAGACAUCUGUUACAUUGUGUUGUGUGACAAAACAUUUUAGUUUCCUUUUAUUGUCCGCAGCACAAGGUGCACCUGUGUAAUGAUCAUGCUGUUUAUUCAGCUUCUUGGUAUGCCACAGCUGUCAGGUGGAUGGGUUAUCUUGGCAAAGGAUAAAUGCUCACUAACAGGGAUGUAAACUUUAAAAUAAGCUUUUUGUGUGUAUGGAAAACUUCUGAGAUCUUUUAUUUCAGCUCAUGAAACAUGGGACCAGCACUUUACAUGUUUAUAUUUUUGUUCAGUAUAGAAUGACUAUAGCCUAUAGGUAAAACAUUUUAUGAGUUUGACUAAGAUAUAUGCAGCUAGGUUACUUGCUACAUGAAAUUGCUUAUCAUGUAGCAGUUACAGUAACUUAUACUUGGACGUUUUGGGAACAUCAACUGUAAAACGCUUCUUGGUGAGAGUGUGCGCAUAGAUAAAUACUACCUGACCAAAGGUCUGUGGACACCUGCUCAAACAUCUCAUCCCAAAAUCAUGGGCAUUAAUAUGGGGUUGGUCCAUGAUGUUGGAACAUUGCUGCUGGGACUUGCUUCCAUUCAGCCACAAGCAUUAGUGAUGUUGGGCGAUUAGGCGUGGCUCUCAGUCGGUGUUCCAAUUCAUUCCAAACGUGUUUGAUGGGGUUGAGGUCAGCCACAGACCAUUAUCCCUCCACCAAACUUUACAGUUGGCACUGCAUUGGGGCAGGUAGCGUUCUCCUGGCAUCUGCCAAACCCAGAUUGAGGGGCGUUCUACAAGUCUCCAAAUCCGGGCGUGAAAUUUCAGUCGCUGAUUAAUAACAUUUGCCCUUGUACUUCAAGAUUGAAAAAUAUAAUAACAUAAUGUCAUGGACCGAGCUAGCCAUUAACGUCCCUUAAUGCUCAAAGACAGAUUCAAUGGCAUAGCGUAUUCGACUGAAUGAUUAGCUAAUAAAUAAUGAAUAAUAAGCAUGUGCUUUUACCUGAGACUACUAAUGAAAAUAUAACAACUUCAAAUACCGAGCUAGUAACAUUAAGUAGUCUAGGUUAACUUAACUGAACUUUAAUUGAGGGAAUUCAGCAGAGUUCUCUGAGACAUUUACAACUGAAACAAUUGAAACUCUGAAAAUAAAUACAUGGGAAAAUGUUACCAAACAUGAUAAUAAUAGGCCUGCAUUCCAGUAGGCAGCUAACUGUAAAAUUACACUUUCCAUCCUUACCUCGGAAGGUCACUGUCUCUUCGCUGAUUGCCUGUGAGUGAGACAACGCUAACUAGCCAAUUGGAGCGUAGUAGAACGCAUAGUUUUGGCUUAACUGCGUUGGGAAAAAGACGCACCUUGUCCUACAUGCUGACCACACUGCUCGCGUUGCAAAAUAAAUGUACACAUACAUGUUAUUCAAUCAUUGUACCCACACUGCUCGCAUGCGCCAACGAGCGUCUGCGUUGCCAAGCACUAAAAUAGAAGUUGCUUCUAUUUGUGAUGCCGACCGCGAUGCAAGUCCUGCCUCUCCCAUCUCCUCAUUGGCUUUUAGAAGCAUAUGCCAUCUCCUCAUUGGUUAUACCCACGUGGGUGAUUGAAAGAUGAACUGAGGACGGUUGGUCGGUUGUGGUAAAACACCUUAUUAUGAAAGUUAGAUGCCAAUCGCCAUAUAAAGUCCAAAGAAGAAAAAGCCUUGGACGAGAGAUGACUAGAAACUAUUUGGUUGACCGAGGGUAUGUUUGGCGGCGUGAGUGAAGGAGGCUUUGUUGCGAAAUAGGAAGCCGAUUGUAGAUGUUUAAUAUGAUUCUGGAAGGAGAGUUUACAGUCUAGCCAGACCUAGUGUCGUGUCUUUGGCUAUGCCGGAUUAAGUGACAUGACAUGCUAUUCUCUAAAAUCCUUUCUCCGUAAUAAAUAUUACUUGAUUGAGCUAAUCAUGUAAAUGUAAUUAACUAGAAAGUCGGGCACCACGAAAUAAUAUUUAUAGAGCUGUUAUCUUCCGAAUUAACUCUUAAUGACAUAGUAAUAUUUUACAUCAAUAGCAGUCAAUAUUAAUCGGCACCUUAAUUCAGUCACAUCUGAAAGUUGUAAAUUCUUCACAAACCCUGGCUAACAAGUUGAAUCAACAAUACAAAAUUGGGUUUAAUUAUUUAUUUACUAAAUACCUAACUAAUCACACAGAAUUACAUAUACACAGAAUGAAUCAUACCUUGAUUACAAAUUACGUCAUAAAGGAAAACGUCCCUAGCGGACGGAACAGAUAUGACAGCUGGUUACACAAAAGAAAAGGGGGCUGGGUUUGAGUGAAAGAGCGGGAAGACUUGAGGAACAAAGGGAGAAAAGCCAUGCUAUCGUAAAUACAGUAUCUUAUGCAUUCCAAAUUACCGCCCAUUUGGAAAAGGAAAAUGCAAUAAAUAUUUACUCUGAGCUGCGCUUUGGUAAGUUGGUGGUAGAUGGAAAGCCGUGUUGCCCAACCGAGUCCUUUGUCCUUUGAAGAAUGUAUCUGGUGGUAAAUUGGAUACGUUGUAGUAACGUCGAUGUUUGGUAGACGGGAUACUCUGUCUGUUCUUUCCUAGCCCACGUUUGCAGCUGCUGCUAACUCAACGGCUAGGAGGUAUCACUUCUGUAGUGAAUAAGAGUUCAAAGUUCAUACCAUUCGCAACCAAAGCUCACGCUGAGGUAGGCUUAGUUCUGUAGAUGACAUGUUAGUCCUUUUAACGCAGAGGCUGCAGACCUCACGUACUUGGAACAGGAGGUUAUAUUUUCGUCAAGGCUUUAUAUAGUGGAGCGAGAAGGGUGUGUUUGAAAAGUUUUAUAACCCAUGUCUCUUCACAGGGGCGGGCCACUGAUUUAGCAGAGCCCUAACCUUAUGAAAACCCAAAUCUCUCAUUUGGAAGCUAAAAUUACAUUUCAUCUCUUCACCAAUAAUUUUAUAUUCAAACAUUUAAAUUGAACAACAAUUGUGACUCCGAUAACUACAAUGUGCAGACUUUCCACUGUAGAGUUUGUCAUCCUAUCAUUGAUGAGAAUGUCUCAGAUGACAACCGAACUGACAUCAUAUUCAUUAAGUACCACCGCAUAUGUUCAAUUGGUCGGAUUACCAGAAUAUAGUUAAUUUCCCCCCACCUUCUGAUGUUCCCAGAAUCUCUAUGUUAACCAAAGGAUUUUCAAAUGUCACAUCAGUAGGGUAGAGAGAGGAAAAAGGGGGGGAGAGGUAUUUAUGACUGUCAUAAACCUACCCCCAGGCCAACGUCAUGACACUAGGUAUUUGUAGUUGUCCACAUAUUCUAAAUCAGAACUGUCCAGAGUAGUGAUGCUUAAUUAAUAACUUCUUAUGGCUGCAAUCCUGUUAACGGGAUCGAUAUGACAACAGCCAGUGAAAGUGCAGGGCGCCAAAUUCAAACAACAGAAAUCUCAUAAUUAAAAUUAAAAGGUAAUCUUGUUGUUAAUCCCACCAAAGUGUCCGAUUUCAAGUAGGCUUUUCAUCGAAAACACCACAAACGAUUAUGUUAGGUCACCACCAACGCAAAGAAAUAUUCAGCCAUUUUUCCAGCCAAAGAGAGGAGUCACAAAAAGCACAAAGAGAUAAAAUUCAUCACUAACCUUUGAUGAUCCUCAUCAGAUGACACUCAUAGGACUUCAUAUUACACAAUACAUAUGUCUUGUUCGAUUAAGUUCAUAUUUAUAUCCAAAAACCUCAGUUUACAUUGGCGCCAUGUUCAGAAAUGCCUCCAAAAUAUCCGGAGAAAUUGCAGAGAGCCACGUCAAAUAACAGAAAUACUCAUCAUAAACUUUGAUGAAAGAUACAUGUUUUACAUAGAAUUAAAGAUAAACUUGUUCUUAAUGCAACCGCUGUGUCAGAUUUCAAAAAGCUUUACGGCAAAACACAAUAUUCAAUAAUCUGAAAACAGCGUUCAGCCACACAAGCAAGCCAUACAGUUACCCGCCCAAAUUGUGCAGUCAACAAAACUCGGUAAUGUAAUGUCCAUCAUUUAUGUCCAAAUAGCUAUUUUUGUUGCGUGUUUGGUAUACAAAUCUAACGUCAGGGAAGCGCGUUCACUAAAACCUGACGAAAUGUCCAAAAGUUCUGUAACAGUCCGUAGAAACAUGUCAAACGAUGUAUUGAAUCAAUCUUUAGAAUGUUUUUAACAUAAAUCUUGAAUAACGUUCCAACCGGCGAAUUACAUUGACUUCAGAUGAGCGAUGGAACGGAGCUCUCUCAUGUGAACGCGCAUGGUCAAAGAAUGGUCACCUCAUGGCAGACCUGACUAAUUCUCCUCUCAUCCGGCCCCCCUUCACAGUAGAGUGAUCAGACAAAGUUCUACAGACUGUUGACAUCUAGUGGAAGCUGUAGGAAGUGAAAACUCAUCCAUAUCUCGCUGUGAUUUCAAUGGGAGCUUGGUUGAAGAUCUCAGGACCCAUGCCAAAUCUUUUUAGUUUCCUGAGGGGGAAUAGGCUUUGUCGUGCCCUCUUCACAACUGUCUUGGUGUGUUUGGACCAAUCUAGUUUGUUGUUGAUGUGGACACCAAGGAAUUUGAAGCUCUCAACCUGCUCCACUACAGCCCCGUCGAAGAGAAUGGGGACGUGCUCGGUGCUCCUUUUCCUGUAGUCCACAAUCAUCUCCUUAGUCUUGGUUACGUUGAGGGAUAGGUUGUUAUUCUGGCACCACCCAGCCAGGUCUCUGACCUCCUCCCUAUAGGCUGUCUUGUCGGUGAUCAGGCCUACCACUGUUGUGUCGUCAGCAAACUUGAUGGUGUUGGAGUCGUGCCUGGCCAUGCAGUCGUGGGUGAACAGGGAGUACAGGAGGGGAUUGAGCACGCACCCCUGGGGAGCUCCAGUGUUGAGGAUCAGCGUGGCAGAUGUGUUGCUACCUACCCUCACCACCUGGGGGUGGCCUGUCAGGAAGUCCAGGAUCUAGUUGCAGAGGGAGGUGUUUAGUCUCAGGUUCCUUAGCUUGGUGAUGAGCUUUCAGGGUACUAUGGUGUUGAACGCUGAGCUGUAGUCAAUGGACAGCAUUCUCAUAUAGGUGUUCCUUUUGUCCAGGUGGGAAAGGGCAGUGUGGAGUGCAAUAGAGAUUGCAUCAUCUGUGGAUCUGUUUGGGCGGUAUGCAAAUUGGAGUGGGUCUAGGGUUUCUGGGAUAAUGGUGUUGAUGUGAGCCAUUACCAGCCUUUCAAAGCACUUCAUGGCUACGGACGUGAGUGCUACGAGUCUGUAGUCAUUUAGGCAGGUUGCCUUUUAUGUUCUUGGGCACAGGGACUAUGGUGGUCUGCUUGAAGCAUGUUGGUAUUACAGACUCAAUCAGGGACAUGUUGAAAAUGUCAGUGAAGACACCUGCCAGUUGGUCAGCACAUGCCCGGAGCACACGUCCUGGUAAUCCGUCUGGCCCUGUUGACCUGUUUAAAGGUCUUACUCACGUCGGCUACGGAGUGCGUGAUCACACAGUCGUCCGGAACAGCUGAUGCUCUCAUGCAUGCCUCAGUGUUGCUUGCUUCGAAGCGAUUUAGCUCGUCUGGUAGGCUCGUGUCACUGGGCAGCUCGCGGCUGUGCUUCCCUUUGUAGUCUGUAAUAGUUUGCAAGCCCUGCCACAUCCGACGAGCAUCGGAGCCGGUGUAGUAUGAUUCAAUCUUAGCCCUGUAUUGACGCUUUGCCUGUUUGAUGUAUCAGUCUUUCCGCAACAAAGCCAUCCUUAUGUGUGAGAGUACGUGUGCAUGAUAGUGGAAUAAAAUGUCAUAGUUUCCUUUUUCAUGAUCACAAUCUUGUGAAGACCGAACCCUCCAAGAUCCCCCCACAGUUCCCCAAUAGCUGUCCCUCAACCAUUCGCUUUUUUUUUGCCAAUCGACUCAUUCACAGGACGCCUGCUAUAUUCCACUUUAUCAAGCGGUAGCCGUGCUACUGCCUUUCUGGUGGCCGUUUUCCUCACAGCUCACCCGCCCUUCUCCCGACCGGCGACACUAAAGCUGCCAGUCGAAAGCAAGACGCUUUUUCGUAGCUGUUAAGUAGAUUCCCAAAUGCCUAAUAAAAACAAGUCAUUACAUUUACAUUUAAGUCAUUUAGCAGACGCUCUUAUCCAGAGCGACUUACAAAUUGGUGCAUUCACCUUAUGAUAUCCAGUGGAACAGCCACUUUACAAUAGUGCAUCUAAAUCUUUUAAGGGGGGGGUUAGAAGGAUUACUUUAUCCUAUUCUAGGUAUUCCUUAAAGAGGUGGGGUUUCAGGUGUCUCCGGAAGGUGGUGAUUGACUCCGCUGACCUGGCAUCGUGAGGGAGUUUGUUCCACCAUUGGGGUGCCAGAGCAGCGAACAGUUUUGACUGGGCUGAGCGGGAACUGUACUUCCUCAGAGGUAGGGAGGCGAGCAGGCCAGAGGUGGAUGAACGCAGUGCCCUUGUUUGGGUGUAGGGCCUGAUCAGAGCCUGAAGGUACGGAGGUGCCGUUCCCCUCACAGCUCCGUAGGCAAGCACCAUGGUCUUGUAGCGGAUGCGAGCUUCAACUGGAAGCCAGUGGAGAGAGCGGAGGAGCGGGGUGACGUGAGAGAACUUGGGAAGGUUGAACACCAGACGGGCUGCGGCGUUCUGGAUGAGUUGUAGGGGUUUAAUGGCACAGGCAGGGAGCCCAGCCAACAGCGAGUUGCAGUAAUCCAGACGGGAGAUGACAAGUGCCUGGAUUAGUGCCUGUGUGAGGUAGGGUUGUACUCUGCGAAUGUUGUAGAGCAUGAACCUACAGGAACGGGCCACCGCCUUGAUGUUAGUUACGAAAUUGUGUAGUAAUGCAAAUAGGAAAUGUCUAUUCACCAGAAGACAUGUCCCAAAACUCUGCUCAUCCAGUGGCGGUUCUAGCUUGUAUGACUCCUUGGGCGAACCCCCCCUUCAGCCCCCCCCCCCACCCCCCAAAAAAGCACCAUUCUGCACUAACUGUAUUUUUAUUCAGACAUUUGGAACAACAAAAAUAAUCAUAACAUUUAAAACUAUAUAAAUAUUAAAACAUACAAAUCUGUUGAUUUGGCACUUGAGCAUCAAUACAUGACCCAUCCCCCAACACUGUCAACCAAGAGUCAAGACUAAACCAAUUCACCUUGGGUGUGCAGACUGGUUUUAUAUUAUUCUUAACGAUUUUGCACAAACCAGUAAAAAAUGCAACAAUAUGCCUGUGAAACUAUACAUUCACAGUAUUAUGAAUGAAUUGUGGUUUAUUUGGUAGUGUGACCGAUUUUACUAAUUGCAUUAGUACUGUACAAAUUUAGAUGUGCGCUGUUUGAUAGAUACCCCCGCUCCCCCUUACAUCGGGCUUCCAGUGGGGAGACCUGAGGUCAACCUAUCCCCACCCCCAUCUCAUACUUUUGAGUGGGAGACCUUCCCAAUCUGCCCAGCUCAUAAACUAGGAUCAGGGCGCCCACUCUGACAAGGUUAAUUGACCCACAGUCCCACACCGUGACAUAUCUUUGACGUGAUGUGCAGAUGAAUGAUAGAAAACCGAUCGCGCAAAUGUCACCAUUCCAACUUUUUUUGUGCGGCUGCCCAUGUCGCCUAUACCUAAAUUCGCCACUGUGCUCAUCACUACUCAAAUGACAAAAUCAUCAGUACUGACUUACCACUCAUGUAAAUUAGUAAAACCCCCAGGUUAUGUACCCCCUACUUCUAAAACCAAAGUUGUGCCCCUGUAUAUUUACAGUUGAAGUCAGAAGUUUACAUACACCUUAGCCAAAUACAAUUCCUGACAUUUAAUCUGAGUAAAAAUUCCAUGUUUUAGGUCAGUUAGGAUCACCACUUUAUUUUAGGAAUGUGAAAUGUCAGAAUAAUAGUAGAUAUUUCAGCUUUUAUUAUUUCAUCACAUUCCCAGUGGGUCAAAAGUUUACAUACACUCAAUUAGUAUUUGGUAGCAUUGCCUUUUAAUUGUUUAACUUGGGUCAAACGUUUCGGGGAGCCUUCCACAAUAAGUUGGGUGAAUUUUGGUCCAUUCCUCCUGACAGAGCUGGUGUAACUGAGUCAGGUUUGUAGGCCUCCUUGCUCGCACACGAUUUUUCAGUUCUGCCUACACAUUUUCAACAGGAUUGAGGUCAGGGUGUUGUGAUGGCCACUCCAAUACCUUGACUUUGUUGUCCUUAAGCCAUUUUGCCACAACUUUGGAAGUAUGCUUGGGGUCAUUGUUCAUUUGGAAGACCCAUUUGCGACCAAGCUUUAACUUCCUGACUGAUGUCUCGAGAUGUUGCUUCAAUAUAUCCACAUAAUUUUCGUUCCUCAUGAUGCCAUCUAUUUUGUGAAGUACACCAGUCCCUCCUGCAGCAAAGCACCCCCACAACAUGAUGCUGCCACCCCCGUGCUUCACGGUUGGGAUGGUGUUCUUCGGCUUGCAAGCCUCCCCCUUUUUCCUCCAAACAUAAUGAUGGUCAUUAUGGCAAAACAGUUCUAUUUUUGUUUCAUCAGACCAGAGUAUAUUUCUCCAAAAAGUACGAUCUUUGUCCCCAUGUGCAGUUGCAAACUGUAGUCUGGCUUUUUUAUGGCGGUUUUGAAGCAGUGGCUUCUUCCUUGCUGAGCGGCCUUUCAGGUUAUGUGGAUAUAGAUACGUUUGUACCGGUUGCCUCCGGCAUCUAUACAAGGUCCUUUGCUGUUGUUCUGGGAUUGAUUUGCCCUUUUCGCACCAAAGUACGUUCAUCUUUAGGAGACAGAACACAUCUCCUUCCUGAGCAGUAUGACGGCUGCGUGGUCCCAUGGUGUUUAUACUUGCGUACUAUUUUUUGUACAGAUAAACGUGCUACCUUCAGGCGCUUGGAAAUUAAUCACAAGGAUGAACCAGAUUUGUGGAGGUUUACAAUUUUUUUUUCUGAGGUCUUGGCUGAUUUCUUUUGAUUUUCCAAUGAUGUCAAGCAAAGAGGCACUGAGUUUGAAGGUAGGCCUUGAAAUAGAUCCACAGGUACACCUCCAAUUGACGUCAAUUAGCCUAUCAGAAGCUUCUAAAGCCAUGACAUUUUCGGGAAUUUUGCAAGCUGUUUAAAGGCGCAGUCAAUUUAGUGUAUGUAAACUUCUGACCCACUGGAAUUGUGAUACAGUGAAUUAUAAGUGAAAUAUUCUGUCUGUAAACAAUUGUUGGAAAAAUGACUUGUGUCAUGCACAAAGUAGAUGUCCUAACCGACUUGCCAAAACUAUAGUUUGUUAACAAGAAAUUUGUGGAGUGGUUGAAAAACGAGUUAAUGACUCCAACUGUACAUGUGUAAAAAAAUUUAAAAAAAAUGAUAAAAAAAUUAU